CUGAGCAGGGCUGGAGCUGUAGUCGCCUGGCAGAGGGAAGCCCAGCCUGGCAGCAGGGCAAACUGAGGCUGGGGUGUGACCUCAGAGACUGAUGGUCAGAGCUGCACCUACGUGGGCCAGGGUGCUGUCCCCCAUCUGGGUCCUCUAAGGUUGCUGGGGUCUGGGUGGAAGUCUGACCUGAAGACCUAAGUCCUGCCAUCUGAAUACCUCUGUGAACCCACCGGGCCUGUUGCCUGCAAGAGCAUGAGUGAACAGGAGAAGGAGACAGAGGAGGAUGAAGGAGGGGGCACUUCGGACACAGCACCCAUGCUGCCGGGAAGAUUUCCUGACAGCCAGGCCUCAGCCCUGAGGUCCCCAGAGUGGGUAGGGCUGGCUGUCCGAGGCCUUGGGACUCUGUUGCUGCCUGGCCAAGCCCUGGCCAGACUUUUGCUGCACCUACUGCUGCCUGCAACUGUGUUCGUGCUAGUACUGCUGCCAGCAGCUGCCAUCGUGUACCUGGGAUUCCUGUGCCACUCAAGGGUUCACCCAGCACCUCGCCCCGCGUGCCGCACGCUGCUGUCGGAUAGAGGCUCCGCGGCACUCAUCGUUCUCGGCUUCCUCUCGCUGCCUCCUCUGCUCGUGCUCGCUUCGGCUGCCCGCACCCGCCUGGCCCGGCGCCUCCGCACGCUGCUGCCGCCCCCAGCUUGGCCCCCUGGACCUCGCCGGCACCCGGGGUCCAGCGACCGUGGGCGGGUGGGACGCCACCCCGACGAGGAGGAACAGCUCUGCGCCUGGGUGUGACCCCAGAUGCCCCUCCACAGGACGAGACCUCCAAAUCCCCCGCCCCAUGAGGGAGCCCCCGGCUUGCAAUCGCGGGGUCUGCGUCCAGGUUCCGUCCUAGAAAAUUGCGGGCCCACCUCGGGGCUUCGAGCGCAGUGCUUGGAGUGGCCGCGAGAUGGCACCGGACUCCCCCGGACCGAGGUCCGCCUGUCCCCAAGGUCUCCCUAUCCCCGCAGUUCCCUGUCAUUGCGAGGAACCAGGAAGGCCCCAGGGAGGAGGGAAAUGCCUUAGAGUAGGGGCGCAUGGCCAGGCUCAGAAAAAGAUGGCCUUCCUGGCUUCUGUCCCGCAGCCCUGCGGCCCCUUGUCUGGUCAGUCAGUGGGUCUGCAGAGGGUUCCACCGGUGCUGAGACUUGCGCGGGAGACUUCCACACUCGGCCAGAGACACAUAGUUCCAGAAGCUCAGCAGUGGCCAACAGCCCCAGGGCUUGCAGGGUUCAACCUGGGCUGGGGGUCAGGGCUCGGCUUGUGACCUGGGCUAGCAUCUAGACAGGUGCCAGAGUUAAGAGCUCGGUCUCUCUGGAUAAGUUUAAGAUCUUCUCUAUCUUUUGCAAUCUUUGGCUUUAAGCAUAUUUCUUUUCUUUUUAAAGAUUUUAUUUAUUUAUUCAUGAGAGACACACACACACAGAGGCAGAGACCCAGGUAGAGGGAGAAGCAGGCUCCAUGUAGGGAGCCGGACUGGGACACGAUCCUGGCUCUCCAGGAUCACGCCCUGGGCUGACGGCAGCACUAAACCGCUGAGCCACCCAGGCUGCCCUUUAAGCAUGUUUCUAGUCGUGGAUGUGUUCUUAUUCACCCAUUCAGUAUACACUGUGCUUCCCAUCAGUUCUAGAGAAUUCUCAGCCGUUACCUAUGUCACCAAAUUGGCCUCCCGUUGAUUGUUUGCAUUCUUUUUUGGGAGCAUCUCUUCCCCUUUCCUCCUGGUGUCCACUUGCCUGUCUCUUGUAUUUUUGUCUUCCUGGCUCUCUGGGCUGCAUUCUGAGCAAUUUCUUUAUCUUCUUCCAGUUCACUAAUUCGUUGGUUGUGUCUAAUGUCUAAUCUGCCAAUUAGCUCAUUCAUUUAAUUAAUUUUAAGUUAUUUUAUUAUAUCAAAAAGUUAUGCUUGUUUCUUAUUCAAAUCUCAUCAGAUGGGAGAGAGUCUCCGUGCAUUUCAAUUUUGGGAUUCCAGUUUUGCUUCAAUUUCUUGAGCAUUUCACCCACAGUUAUUUUUUUAAAGAUUUUAUUUAUUUAUUUGAGACAGAGAGAAUGCGAGAGUGCACGAGGUGGGGGGAAGGCUCAGAGGCAGAAGAGAAACAGACUCCCAUCUGAGCAGGGACCCCCAUGUGGGCUUGAUCCCAAGACCCUGAGAUCAUGACCUGAGCUGAAGGCAGAUGCUCAACUGACUGAGCUGCCCAGGUGCCCCUACUCACAGUUAUUUUAUAUUCUGUACCUAACAAUUCUAAUUUCUCACUCUCUAGGGGUCUGAAUCUGUUAUUUGUUGUUUCUGCUGAUUCUCACUAACAGUAUAGUGUUUCUUUGAAUGGAUACUCAUUUUCCACUGUCAACCUGCACCUGUGAGCAUCCUGCAGGCAUGUCCUUCCAGGAGGGAAUCCCUCUGCACCGCAUGCCCUAUCUGGGCCUGGCUUGGGUCCUGGGCCAGCUUCUGUAAUUGCACCUGUGGCUCCCCAUCCCUUCGUCGAGGGGCCUCCCUGAUACCCCCCGUUUCCUUUCGUCUUCCUGAGUUUCUGUUCAUUAUUCUUCUGUUUAUUUAUUUUUAAUGUUUUUAAUUUGGGGGGAACCUUAGAAGAUAUUCCCUAUAAGCCCAGCAGUGUCUUAAAACUGUGUUUCUUGGGGCAACUAUCUGGCUCAGUCAGUAGAGCAUGUGACUCUUGAUCUCAGAGUUGUCAGUUCAAGCCCCAUGUUGGAUGUACAGAUUACUUUAAAAAAAAAAAAACUACUAA